AUGUUUGUUUUUUAUAUAAAUAUUAUCCAUGUUUGUUAUUUACUCUAUUUUUCAUGGAAAUCACUACCAUCUUUAUAUUUUAAUUUGGUCUUCUGUGGCGAAUUUAAAGACGAAUCAGUUGCUCAUCAGAUCCUUGGCAUCUAUCUCCAGUUCUUUUCUAAUUCUCCAGCAGAAGUUUCAGAUGAAAUUGUUGAUACAGUCAAAUUUUACAUUCCGACGCAUCCGAUGCAUGUUUUGCGACUCAUUAAUGCAUACACAUGCAACAAGAGAUGCAGGAAGAGUGCUUUGACAAAGUUUUGGGCUUUUGCAGAUAUGGUCUUUCAAUAUGACAAAGAAUUCAUUAACGGAGGUGUCGCACAAGGCCUCGCAAAGCUUAUUUUCACAUUGUUAGCUUUAUAUCCUCAAUUUUUGAAGGCAAGAUUGCAAUAUAUCCAAAACACUCUCAAAUCAAUACUUAUGAGAGGUGGAAACGAAGCAGCAAUAGCUUUAGACAUGAUGUGCGCUGAAAAUGACCUCCGUGUUCCUCUUCCAGAGAAUUUUAUUUCUCAAAAUUUGGAUGAACCUAUGCUAGGCCACAGAAUCCUUACUUGGAUCAUCAAAUGUCCACAGUUCGUCACAGAAUCAGUCAUCCAAUCGUUGAUUUCUUUAGCGGAAAAGAAUAUCGACGCAUCAUUAGUUCUCUGUGAGGUUGCGAAGAAUCCUGACAAUGCUAAAAUCAUUUUCUCAUCAAUGAAAUCAUGGAUAGUCAUGAGUUUGCCCACUCUUGAGUACACAUUGAAAUUAUUGAUGGUAAUUCUUUCUCACAAGUCUUGCAGGACCAAUCUACCACAAGAAAUCAUUAUUUUCCUUCAGAGCGUCCUCGAAAACGAGAGUGAUAUGUAUGAAACAAUUUAA